UGGCAACACUCAACAGCUGUUUUUGUUAAAGCAAUUAAACAGCACUGGUGGGUGUAACAGUCUAGAAUUGGGUUUUGAAACAAAACGCAUACGAAAUAAGUCGACAUGUCCAACGAUGAGAACAAGAACGCUGCGUCCAUCUACGAGUUUACCGUAAAGGAUACACACGGUAAUGAUGUAUCCCUGAAGAAAUUCCAGGGCAAGGUCGUCUUGGUGGUGAACAUUGCCUCACAGUGCAACCUGACCAAGAAGAAUUAUCAGAAAUUGACCGAUCUUAAGGAGAAGUAUGGUGACCGUGGUCUGAUCAUUUUGAAUUUCCCAUGCAAUCAGUUCAACUCGGAAAUGCCUGAGGCGGAUGGUGAGCCGAUGGUUUGUCACCUGCGCGACUCCAAGGCUGACAUUGGCGAACUAUUUGCCAAGGUCAAUGUCAAUGGAGAUGACGCCGCACCUUUGUACAAGUACCUGAAGGCCAAGCAGACCGGCACUCUAGGGAGCGGCAUCAAGUGGAACUUUACCAAGUUUCUGGUAAACAAGGAAGGCAUCCCAAUUAACCGCUAUGCACCCACUACUGAUCCUAUGGACAUAGCCAAGGAUAUUGAGAAAUUGUUGUAGAUAUCUAGUUUAUAAGCAGUAUAAGACUAUUUACAAGUACAUAUACAUUUAUUAUAGCUUUCGUCAUGCCUCGUUAGCUGCAUUAACUUACAACUUAGUCCUGUAGCUGUUAACCAUACAUAUGGCUUUAAAACACAACUUUGAAAAUGAUAAUUAUAAUUAUUUAAUACUUUAUAAUGAAUCCCAGCUUAGUCAUAUGCGUAUUAUGUAAAAACUAUAUAAAUGUUGUCUUUUCCAUAACGUUCUAGUUUGAAAACUAUUCGAUGCCGGCAAAACGAUAGUUGCUAAUUAAUAAAAACAAUCGUUACUAUCGAUUUGGCAAUUGAAGAUUUGACAGCACUAGGUCGAUUGCGGCUACACUGGCAAUGUAAAUUUUAGUUAAUGCAAAUUUCAAAAUGCAAUAAAUUGCAACAAUUUUAUAAUUUGAUGAAAAUUUAAAAUUCGAAACUAUAUAAAAUUAGGGAAAACAUUUAAAUUAAAGUUUGAAGUUCGCCACCCCAAGGGGAGAGAAGUUACCAAUUUAAUUCUAAAAAAAAUAUUUAAAAAUAUAGAAAAUUC